AUGGCAACAUCCGUCAUUCAAGGCGAGACAAGCGGUCUGGAGUUGUCUCACUGUGUAGGGGCCAGCUCGCUGGGCCCCGCUGUGCCUUGGAGGUCCGGCGGGCCCUGCAAGAUGAAGAGGGUCCGCACGGUCUUCAAACCAGAGCAGCUGGAGCGGCUGGAGCAAGAGUUCCUCAAGCAGCAGUACAUGGUGGGCACGGAGCGAGUUGACCUGGCUGCAACUCUGCAUCUCACAGAGACUCAGGUGAAAGUCUGGUUCCAGAACCGGAGGAUCAAAUGGAGGAAGCAGAGCAUGGAGCAGAAGGCGGCAAAGCUGUCACAGUUUGGGGUGAUACAGCCUGCCACCGCGGACUCGACGGACAUCAAGGACCACGAGGAGGACACCGUGGACAUUGAGCUUUGA